CUUCCAUGAAAUAUCUCAGCCUUCUCCAAGAAAAACGAUCUCCCAUCCCCCAUCCCCCAUCAUCCGCAAAAAAGCGCCCUCGAUUAUCCAACAAUGCUCGCUGCACGAAGAGUGCCGCAGGCAUGUCAAGCUUGUCGAUUCCAUCUGCAAUCGUUAUUUGAAGGCGGAUUUACGCGCACCACCGCCACCACCACGACCAGAGCGCGUCCUAUUAUUGCCCGUCGCGGCGGCUUCGCCACUCCGACCUCCUUGAGGGCUUUCUCGACGACUUUGCGGGUUAGGGAUGCGGAACCGGUCAAGGAGAAUGUAGCAGAGGGGGGGAUUGAAGAGACGGUUAGACAUGCGCGUCAGACGUUUGGGGAGACGUUGCCGAAGGACUUUUUGUCGGGGGAGGAAUACCAGUUGUAUGAACGGCUAUAUGGGGCUCCUUUGAGGGAGACGACGUAUGAGGAUUUGCAGAUUGUGGAGGAUGCGGAGCUGGAGGGUGGGGAGUGGGAUGGGCCGGUUAGUAAUGUGAUUCUCAGGGAGAACGCUGAUGGGGAGUUUGAGGAGGUCGAGAUGGGAGAGGAGUAUGCUGGGGAGGGGCUGGGAGAGCAAGCGAACGCCGCGGAGGAUGUCGAUUACGAAAUCAUUGGGCAUACUAGGGAUUCUAUCUCGGCGCAGUUGCAGGAGAUGGAGGUUGCUGUUGAGGAGGCGGUGGAGGCGAAUAUGCUCGUCCAGGGCAAAAACCAGCGCGAGGUCGACGCUAUCAUGCGACUACGACAGGAUAUGGAGAAUGCGCUCGCGCAACAACCGUUAGAGGAGACACAGGACGUGGAGGAGGAACUCGAGGUGUAUGAGGAGGGUAUCGAGGACGUGGAGGAGGAUAUGGAGGAGGACAACUUUUGGGAGAGGGAUGAUGAUGAGUUUGGGAGCAAUAGCGAUGAGAUCCGCACGCAUCCGUAUACGAUGGCGGGACGUUUUGGCACGAACCCAAGUACGAUCUUUCUCCCGGAGGAGAGCUUCGUGCAGCCUCUGACGGACUUGCUUAAACGAUCGGAUAUCAAGCAUUUGACCGAAGCUGCGGAGAAGGCGUUUGGUGGCCCAGGACUCCCGUACUCGGCAUCGACGCCUAAAGCUUCCAGUCUACUCCCGCAAAAGCACAUUGGUCUCGAAGCAUCGCAAUACAGGAUGAGCGAGAUUGAAGCCGAUGCGUACAUGGCAGCUGUUAUGCCGGGUGUCUACGCCUCGGUCAUGGGAACGCUUGUCGAGACACGCAAGCGUUUGGGUCCUAAAUGGAUCCGAGACAUGCUUCUCCGCGAAGACGGUCAAGGACCGAGCGUGCUUGAUGCCGGUGCUGGUGGUGCUGGCGCUAUCGCUUGGAAGGAGAUCAUGCAGACGGAGUGGGAUAUUAUGGCUGAUGAGGGGCUUGUUGAGGCGGGGUCAAAGGUUCCUGGGAAAUCUACUGUUCUUACAGGACCCGAGACACUGCGCGAUCGCAUGUCUGUCAUCCUUGAAAAUACUUCCUUCCUCCCUAGGCUGCCGGAGUACAUACACUCCGCCAACUACGAGCGGCGCAUGGACAGCAGCAAGCCUCAGCCCCGCAAGAGCUACGAUGUCAUUAUCGCACCGCACACACUCUUCCCGCUUAAAGAAGACUUCAAGCGCAAGAAUCAAGUCAGGAACCUGUGGUCUCUGCUGAACCCAAAUGGUGGCGUCCUGAUUAUAAUCGAGAAGGGCAUUCCAAGAGGUUUCGAGGCCGUCGCUGAAGCUCGCUCGCAGCUCCUCGACAAGCACAUAGCCUCGCCAGGCGCGACACAUAUUGUUAACGGGAACCUCAAUAACGACGACCCAGACAUCGCAAAGGACAAGGGCAUGAUUAUCGCACCCUGCACCAACCACCUGCCCUGCCCGAUGUAUCCCGUCCCCGGCAUCAGCUCCGGGAGAAAGGACUUCUGCCACUUCGGGCAACGCUUCAUCCGCCCCGGCUUCCAACAGCGCGUUCUCGGCGCCAACAGAAAAAACCACGAAGACGCACAGUUCUCCUACCUCGCCGUGCGCCGCGGCGUCGACGCCCGCGACCCAUCCACCUCCUCCACGCCCCUAGUCCAAGGUCAAUCAGCCACAGACGCCGCAUUCGCCGGCCACGAAGCCGGCUCCGACCCCGAUCUAGGCUACCACACCCAGAAGCCGGCGGACUCUUUCUCAACCCUAUCCUUACCGCGCAUGGUCCUCACGCCCCUCAAGCGCCGCGGCCACGUAUCCAUCGACCUCUGCACGCCUUCCGGCACACUCGAGCGCUGGACAGUCCCCAAGUCGUUCAGCGCGCAGGCGUAUCGCGAUGCGAGGAAGGCGAAGUGGGGUGAUUUGUGGGCGCUGGGGGCGAAGACGAGGGUGCAGAGGACGGCGAGGUUGGGGAAGCCGAUGGAUAAGGCGAAGGAGGUUAUGAAGGCUUCGAAGAAGGCGGGGAAGUGGAAGGGGAGGGAUGUGGUGGAGGCGCAGAAGAGGAAGAAGACCGGGAAGGAUGUUUAUCAGGUUGAUAUGGGCGAUGAGGGGUUCGAGGGGAUUAAGGAGGUUACCGGGGGGAAGCCGUCGAGGGGAGAGAGGAGGACGAGGGGGGGGAGGGUGGUGAGGGAGAAGAGGAUUGAUGAUGGGACGGAGAGUCGGAGGGGGGGGGGUAAGUAUGGGGAGGAUGACGAGUUUUGAGGAGUGUAUUGAUAUGUAUGGGGUGAUUGUUGUAAGAUAUUGUGUUGCAUAUGUUGUACGAUAAAAUGGUUGGAGUGGCGUUUGUGGUGUUGUAUAAAUAAGCAAAACGCAGAAAUGCUACGAAGCCAGUAAGAUAGACGAGAGUUCGAAACAAAUUAAAUUCAUCUCUAA